AAGCUGCGGCGGAGAUGGGGAAGCGACGCUGUGCGGUGGUGGCACUACUAGCGACGAUAAUGGCGGUGAUAAUGGAGUUGGCGCCUCUGACAGUAGCAACAAGCAGAAGAAACAUGCUGACUAAUGGUCUUGGAAUGACUCCUCCCAUGGGUUGGAACAGCUGGAACCACUUUGGAUGCAAUAUUGAUGAAACAAUGAUAAGAGAAACUGCCGAUGCUGUCGUUUCAACCGGACUUUCCAAGAUUGGAUAUGAAUAUGUUAAUAUAGAUGAUUGCUGGGCCGAAAUUUCUCGAGAUGACAAGGGUAAUCUGGUGCCUAAGAAGUCUAUUUUUCCAUAUGGAAUCAAAGUUCUGGCGGAUUAUGUUCACAGAAAGGGUCUUAAGCUUGGGAUCUACUCCGAUGCAGGAUAUUUUACUUGUAGUAAGAAAAUGCCCGGUUCACUUGAUCAUGAAGAACGGGAUGCAAAAACCUUUGCUUCAUGGGGAAUAGAUUAUUUGAAGUAUGAUAACUGCAAUACCGAUGGCUCGAAGCCAACGGUUAGAUACCCCGUCAUGACUCGUGCUUUGAUGAAGGCUGGCCGCCCGAUCUUUUUCUCUCUAUGUGAAUGGGGAGAUAUGCACCCUGCUGAAUGGGGAGCUCCUGUAGGAAAUAGCUGGAGGACAACUAAUGACAUUGCUGAUAAUUGGGAAAGUAUGAUCUCCCGAGCUGACCAGAAUGAAGUUUAUGCUGAAUAUGCAAGGCCUGGAGGUUGGAACGAUCUGGACAUGCUUGAGGUGGGGAACGGAGGGAUGACGGAAGAUGAAUACAUAGUACAUUUCAGCCUGUGGGCUAUUUCCAAGGCUCCUCUUCUUCUCGGUUGCAAUUUAAGAAAUAUGACAGAAAAAACUAUGAAAAUCAUCACGAAUAAGGAAGUCAUUGCCGUUAACCAAGAUCCAUAUGGUUUUCAAGCUAAGAAGGUUAGGAUGGAAGGUGAUCAAGAGAUAUGGGCAGCUCGUCUUUCAGAUUAUAGAAUUUCUGUGGUCCUACUCAACAGGGGUCCGGUUCGUUACUCUACAACAGCUCGCUGGGGCGACAUUGGUCUCGACCCCAAGACAGAGGUCGAAGCCAGAGACCUUUGGGAGCACAAAACACUGAGGACACACUUUGUGGGGAAUUUGACAGCAACUUUGGGCUCUCAUUCAUGCAAAUUUUAUGUAUUGAAGCCAAUUGCUUAA